AUGCUAAUCUCUUCACUACAAGCUGUAUUAGCCCAUGUUUGGAUAACAGUAACACGCGCUAGAAGGAGUUUAGAUGUCAACUAUAAUGAAAAUGAAGAGACUUUGUUUGGGUUCAUGAUGAGUAACAGAACUAAGUUCAUUCCACCCUUAUCAGAAACGUACUUUGGCAACUCGAUAACCUUUGGGAUGCUAACGGAAAAGGACGAAGAGGUGCUUACAAGGGGAUCUGGAUUCUUAGCUUCGUUAUUUAAGGAAGUUGUAAAUUCCCAUUGUGAUGAGAAAAUUAAGAGUUCUAUCAAAUCGUGGAUACAAAAACCUUUUAUCAUAACUUCUAGUGGUGUCGCGAACAAAAAUUUAGUAGCAAGGAAUUCCCACAGAUUCAAUAUGUAUGGAAAUGAUUUUGGCUGGGGACGCCCCAUUGCCAUAAAAACUGGUAGAAAUGGCAAAUCUAGUGGAAUAACUAAUGUGAGUCCAGGACCUGUUGAAGGAAGUAUUGACAUUGAGAUUUUCCUUCCAAUUGAGGUUUUUCAGGCCAUGGAAAACGAUGUUGAAUUCAUGGAAGCUUUCUAA